AAACAUUCUGUGCAUUACCACCAGAUGGACCAUAUCCAUUAUUUUUAUUCGAAGAAUAUCCUAAAUUUAUUAUUGAAAAUAAAGAAAAAAUGACUGAGUUGAUUAAUUUAAGAGAAGAAGAAAUAACUUUACGUAAAAAACGACAAGAAGUGUUGGAGAAUAUUGAGAAAAAAAGAUUAGAAGAUGAAAAGGACAAUUUUAUCAAAGAAGUUCAAAACCAGAGACUUCGAGAAUUACAACGAUGUUAUAAUGAGCAGCUUCGAGUAUCUGAAGCCUCAGUUGCUAGUGAACGUCAAAAACUCUAUCGACAAUUGCCACUGAGCGAAAGUAUAAAUCUCACAGAAAUUAAUUCUGCGAGUGAUGAAUUUAAUUCACGAUCAAGAGUUAACUCUUACAAUAAACUACGAAAUGAUGUGGAGGCACUUGAAGAAGAAGUUGGAGAAUUUUUAAAAACUAUUAAGUGUAAAAGAUAGAGACAUUAUAUAAUAUUUUAUUUAAUCUAACGGUAAAUAAAUUAAAUAUGUUUUUUUGUUU